AUGUAAUCCAGCUUGACACCACUUUAACUGCCCUGACUCAUUGCAUGCUAUGGGAUUUAUAGAACUGUAUUUCUGUGAUUCGUUUAACCUUCUCUGUCAGAGAGAGAGAGAGCGAGAGCACUUUGGUGCCACAAUAAACUACAACUCCCAUGAUUCCAUAGCACUGAGCCAGAGCAAUUCACACAAUCAGUGUCAGACUUGCAUUUAGUUUUGAGGGCGAGUGAUUCCCAAACUCUGGCCUUAGUUCCAGGUGUUUUGGACAUCAAUUCCCAGAAUCCCAUUGACCAAGAUGGGCGAUGCUUCUGGAAGCUGAAGCCCUAAACACCUGGAGGACCAAAGUUUGGGAAUCCCUGAUUUAUGCACUUGCUGCAUCUGCAUGCAGAGAAUGAGCCAGUUUGACACCGCUUUAACUGCCCUGGCUCAAGGCUAUGGAAUUCUGGGAGUUGGAGUUUAUUGUGGGGCCCAGAGACAGAAGAUAAGAGAGGAAGAAAUGAAGCUGGCUAGUGAACCUCUGCCCCAAGAACACAACAGUGAAACUGUUUUCCAUACCAUUUCGGAGCUUCAGAAUACUGAAGUGGAGGGACUGAAAUGGCUGAACAACCCAGAGAUUUACACGCAUGAUUUUCUGUUUGCAAAGGCUGAAGAGCUAUUGGACAAGCGGAUUAAAAGUGGAGAUUCUCUGGCAUGUUUUCUCAAAGGGCAGCUGUAUUUUGAAGAGGGAUUGUAUGAAGAAGCCUUAUUGCAAUUUCAACAAAAUACAGAUUUUCAAUCCAUGUAUCAGUUAGGUGUAAUGUAUUAUGAUGGACUGGGGACCCCAGCAGACCCUAAAAAAGGAUCGAAAUAUAUGGAGGAGAUUGUCAACUCUACUUCUCCUAAAGCAAGACAUUUGAAGUUCGCUGCUGCCUACAACCUUGGAAGAGCUUACUAUGAAGGAUGUGGGACUGUGAUUUCUGAAAAAGAGGCUGAACGAUUAUGGUUUAUUGCUGCAGAUCAUGGGAAUCCAAAAGCAAGUGUUAAGGCUCAAACUGCCCUUGGGAUGUUGUAUUCAGCAAGACAUCCAAAGGAUCUGAAAAAGGCAUUCUUUUGGCAUUCAGAAGCUUGUGGGAAUGGAAGCCUGGAAUCUCAAGGCAUUCUUGGUCUUAUGUAUCUUUAUGGACAUGGCAUACGCCAGAAUUUAAAAGCUGCUCUGGAAUGUCUAAAUCAAGCAUCAGAUCGUGGAAAUGUCUAUGUUAAAGGUCAUUUGGUGGAGUAUUACUACAAAAGAAAAAUUUACCCAAAAGCUGUUAAAUUUGCCAAAAGAACCGUAGAGGAUGACGAUGUUGAAAAGAUAGCAAAGGCAACAGAUUGCCUUCCUUUUUACAUAGCCAGAGGGCUUGCAAUGGCUUCCUUUUACUUGGCUAGGUGUCUCCAACUUGGUCGAGGAACACAACAAGAUACAGCAGCAGCCAAAAAAUAUUAUUCUAAGGCAUGCAGACUGGAUCCUGCUAUAGCUGCUGAUCUUGAGCUGACAGCUAAUCAUGGCAGAAUUUAGAACAUUGUUUUGAAGAAUCUGAGCAAGUUCCAGCAGUUGCACUAUGUCACGAUUUAUAAUUUUCACUCAACUUGUGAUAAAUCAUGAUUGUGAACAUUUGUCGUUUAGGUAUUUAAUUUUUAGAUACAUAAUGGUCAGAUGUUUCUCUCACUUCUUCAUUUCGAAGUGAAGCAAACAGGUUUCUUCAGCAGGAGGUAAACAUCAUGUGUUGGUCCAAAGCUGUUAUGUUUUUUCAAGUUAACAAUGGUUUAGUUUGUUGAUAUAAUAAAAGUUGAGAAUGAAUAAUUAAA